UAAAAGCACGCGAAGAAGAGCAUCGCCGUGUGUUUCAAUAGAUAAAAGCGUUUCUUUCUUCUCAUAAUACUGCAACCAUCUGAUCCACAUCAGUGCUGAAAAACAGAGAAAUGUCUCUUGUCAAGCAGAAUUUUCACCAGAAUAAUGAAGCAAACGUCAACAAACUGAUACACCUCAAACUGUCCGCUUCUUAUGUUUAUCAGUCUCUGGGUAUGUAUUUUGACAGAGAUGAUGUUGCUUUGCCAAACUUCUCCAAGUUUUUUCUGGAGCGCUCAGAGAAGGAGAGAGAGCAGGCUGAGAAGUUGCUAGAGUAUCAGAACACACGAGGAGGACGAAUCCUUUUCCAGAACAUCCCAAAGCCCUCCCGUGAUGAUUGGAAAGGUGGAAUGGAUGCCAUCGCUUUCUCUCUGGAUUAUCAGAAAUCUCUAAACAGAUCCCUGCUGGAGGUCCAUCAAGCUGCCGGUGAACACUCUGACCCUCACCUGUGUGAUUUCCUCGAAAGCCACUUUUUGCCUGACAGUCAUGAAACCAUUAAGCUAUUGGGUGACCACGCAGGCAUUCUGAAACGCCUUAUCUCCUCUGAACCACAUGGCAAGAUGGCAGAGUAUCUGUUUGACAAGCACACUCUGUGAUGUGCUCCUCACCAAAACCAUUUGCUCACUUCUGAUGGUGCUUACGAAAGAAUACCUCAUAAAACAACAGCGUGAAUUUAACACAGCCACAUAUAAAGGAGUUACCGUUUCAUUGAGUAUUUGAAUAUCCAUGUUUGACAGAGCCACCAAUGUUUUCACACCACACUAAACCUCGAAUGUAUGGAUAAUGCUGUGAAAUUUCUGCUGAUUAUUUAGACUUAAAACAUACUUUUUAAAAUAUUAUACAGUGGUUGCUUACUUAAAAAAUAUCUUUUAAUUAAGAUACCAUUCUACGUACGACUAAAGGGUUUUCAAGAGUGAUUUCUACCUAGAACUUCAGUCCGUGUAAAUCUUGAGUUUUUACAAAUUGUCAAUAUAGCUAUAAUAAUUACAAUAUCCGAGUCAUUCCAGAUAUUUUGUUGUGGUUGAAUAUGAUUCUAAGUUUAAAUUUUUUUCAGGUUGUAGAAUUGUAACUUAGAUGCCAGUUUUUGUGAAGAACAAGUUUAUCAAAAGAUAAUAAAGCUAAUUGAAAUGUUUUGGCAUUUA